UCCAUGGUUUCCCGGCUUUGGGUACGUUGUAUGGAUGUGUGACUCAUGGGUAUUAUGCAUGCCCAACUUGUGGAGAAUAUACAGUUGUUGAGUAGCUUCCGUUCAGCAAGAAGAUCUGUUACAUGGGACAUCGUAGGUGGCUGCCAACAGAACACAAGUAUAGAGAUGAUAGAUUGAAUUUCGCUGGAGGAGUAGAACGCGGUACAACUCCAUGGCGACUAACAGGGCAGCACGUUCAAGAGAUGGUACAUAAUUUGAAAUGCAAACAAAGGGAAAGGAAAACAACCAGCAAAGAAACGUAAAAGAUGAUCUGAAUAUGGUGUUGAUGAAGAAAAAGAGGUAUCUGAGCACUUUUUAUUUUCAAGAAGGUCCAUUUUAUAUGAUUUUCCAAACUGGAGUUCAAACUCUAUUCGGCAUUGCACUGAUGUUAUGCAUACAGAGAAAAAUAUAACAAAGCAUAUUACAAAUUUUGUAAUGGGGAAUAACAAGUCAAAGGAUGGUCCUAAUGCGCGCAAGGAUUUGGAGGCUAUGGGAAUUAAAAGGAAGUUAUUCCUGCAAACAGAUGAAGUGACUGGUAAAACAUCAACAGCAGAUGAAAGUUUUGCAAUGACAAAAAAAGAGAAAGUUGGUUUUUGUACUAUCUUGAGAAACUUGAAAGUCCCUUCAAAUUUUUCUUCCAAUAUUCGCAGCAACAUCAGCGUCAAUCCUCCUGAUAUAAGGAAUCUGAAGUCUCGUGAUUACCAUAAUCUAAUGCAACAUCUAUUUCCUUUACUGGUUCAUAUCGCGACAUCACUACCUAAAGAUCUCUGAAUUGCACUUCUGCGGAUAAGUAUAUAUUUCAAAGUUUUGUGCGCGAAGGUAAUUAACAAAGAACAUCUCUUAAAAGCAAAAUCAAGUCUGAUGGAAGCAAUGUGUGUACUGGAAAAGCAUUUUCCUCCAUCAUUUUUCGUUUUUAGCAUUCACAUGAUGGUGCAUCUAGCCGAUGAAGCUUAAUCUGUGGUCCGGUUAGAUUUAGGUGGAUGUACCCCUUUGAGAGGUUAAUGAAAGGUUUCAAAGGAUUGGUGCGCAAUAGAAGGUACAUUGACGGGUGCAUUGCAAGAGGCUAUACGCUGCGAGAAGCUAGCUUAUACUGUAUGGAGGACAUAUCAGAAGAUGGUGGUGGCACUCAUAAACAUACUCGACAUGCCUUUCUGGAUGAUUCUGGCGAGUUCGCUGAUGAGACUCCUUUAAGUAAUGCUAAGGACUUUCACCUGAACCAAGUGCAGUUUGAACAAGCUCGCAGAUGGGUACUUUCUAAGUUUGUUGGAAUCGAUGACUGGAAAAGGAAGUAUGAAUCCUAUGUUAACCAUGCCAAGUCUCAUGUGUCCAACCAGAACCCAAAAACUUAUCAUUUAUGGUUAUGCGACGAGUUGUUAGAAGCCUAUGAAACUGAUUCAACUCUCUGGAGACUCGUGCAAGGACCUAUCUUCAAGGCACAAUCAUAUAAAAAAUACCAAAUCAAUGGCUUCAGUUUCUCUCCAUAAUAUUGUGAUGCGAAUCGGGUAUCUCAAAACAGUGGUGUGUCAAUGAAAGUUAUUACAAGACAAAGAGCUAAGUCGACAGACACAAAUUACAUCGAAUCUGAAAUAACCUAUUAUG